GCUGCUCCGGUACAUCUCAGCUAGCAUCAGUCGGUGCAGCCUCCCUCCUCCCGACACAACAGCAGCUACCGGGGCCCGCGACACAAACAAAACCAAACAGGUAUUGAUCGAGACAGACCAAUAAUUGAUGUCUAAUAGCUGAAAGCAACGCGGGGGGCAGCGGACAGCAGUUAUGGCGGCGUCGCUUCUCUCCGAGACCGACAUCAGGUACCGGUCCAUGGCGGAGGAGGAUCCGAACGGGAAUGAGCACGGGGCGGCUGCACGCAGCGCGGCGCCUCGCUGGGGACCGCAGCACGCUGGGGCACGACAGCUAGCGAGGCUCUACUCUCCCGGUAAGCGGCUCCAGGAGUGGUUGUGUGUUGUUCUGUGCCUCUUCCUUUUCAUCAUCAACUUCUCCUUCCUCGUCCUGCACUUCUCCACUGUUCACACCUACAAGAUCAUCCUUUGCAUCGUCCUAGGAAUAGUGACGGCAGACUUUGCAUCGGGGAUGGUACACUGGGGAGCGGAUACCUGGGGCUCUGUGGACAUCCCUGUUAUUGGCAAGGCAUUUAUUCGUCCAUUCAGGGAGCACCACAUUGAUCCAACCGCCAUCACUCACCACGACUUUAUUGAAACCAACGGCGACAACUGUAUGAUCCCCAUCCUGCCACUGGCUUACAUGGCCUACAAGUUCCUCUCAUACACACCAGAAGCCUUGGCGGAGUACUAUCCCUGGGACUGCUACGUCUUCGCCCUGGCAUUUUUUGUGACGCUGACCAAUCAGAUUCAUAAGUGGAGCCACUCCUACUUCGGCCUCCCGCGCUGGGUCACGCUGCUCCAGGACUGGCAUCUGUUGUUGCCACGGAAACAUCACCGCAUCCACCAUGUCUCGCCGCACGAGACAUACUACUGCAUUACGACAGGUUGGUGUAACUAUCCACUGGACCAGCUGGGCUUUUGGAGACGGAUGGAGCAACUGAUCAAACGACUUACAGGCAACAAACCGCGAUCAGAUGACCUGGCGUGGGCCAAGAAGACGGACAGAUAAACACACCAUCAUGUUCUUUCUGGAAAGAGCAAUCAUUCAAAGAAACUGUGUUUGCGAGAAAAAAACAAAACAUCAAAGAUAAUACGAAAGCUUUGAACAAGGUGAACACAUUACUAGAUCAUAGCUCUGCUGUAAUAGCCAGUCAGCUUGUAGUCCUCUUUAACGAACGAGGUGUAGUGUAGGUGAUGGAGGUUUUCUGGAGGUUGGCCUCUCCAAGAGUGACACCGUGCAGCCUGUUGCAGGCAGCUUCUUACACCACACACACAUACGCACACAUACACACCUGCACACUAACCUGUUUGAAAGUCAAAUGUUCAGCCACUGUCUCUCGCUUUUUUCUGGUCCGUCCUGAAACAUCACCACCCUCUUUCAGUUCUAGCGGCUGUUUCUACACAUGGAGGUGAAGCUGUGAUGAUUGUGUGCUUUAGAUGAAACAUUCAGAUGGUUAGAACUCCCUUCUUUUGUGCCUGUGUUUGACGAUCUCCACAGGCAGGAUUACAUUUUGGGAGGACAAAAAAAUUUAAGAACUAAUGUAAAUAUGUCAGCAGUCAAGUUGCAUUAGUUACACUUUUAUAUGUAAAAAGAUUCUUAAUAAAAGUAUUUCCUGCAUAAAAACUAAUCAGUAAACUAUGUUUGACUCAUCUGGAAGCCGUUAUAAGGAGGUUUAAUUAGAAUCUAUAAUUCACGGAAAUCCAGAUGAGUUUAAAAUUCUAAGCACAAGUGACAAGUCAGCUGUUUUUAAGAAGCAUUUAAUCUUUUCGCACUUUCAUGCAAAUUAAAGAGGCAGCCAGAUAUAUUCAUUGCCUCUUUGUAUUUUACAUUUUUAAUGAGGAGGUGUCAACUAUAAAUGAAAGCAACAGUUUGGUCAGACUUCCAUCUUCCUAGACAGAGAGAGAAGGGACACAGCUGAUUUCCAUCUCUAGCCGGGCUCUGUCUAAACUAAAUUCACAUACCAGCUGCUUUAAAGCUCGAGCUUCAUAUUCAGCGUCUGAAGAGUGAUUUCAGUCUUCUCACCUGACUGUCAGCAAGAAAGUGAAUACACUUAUUUCCCAAGAUGUUGGAUUCUGUCUUUCUGCAUGAUGUCAUCAAACUAUUCAAAGCUAAGAAAGCCUGGCAUGAAAGCUUGGAUGACAGGUUGAUGUUCUUAUUUAAACUUGUGUCUCUUUCCUCCUUUUUAACAUAAAGUGGCACAGACAGAAGCAGAACCUUCUUGGCAUCAGUGGGUUCUCCUCUCUGUGCUUGUGCAAUGCCUGCAGACAGAAAUGUAUCCGGCAGAAGUUCCUUUUCUUGGAGGAUGCUUUCGGCUGCCCCAAAGGCUAUAAAACAAGUCCUAUAUGUGAAGUUAGAAUGAACUUUUCACCAGCACACUGGACGGCUCAGGGCAGGAAAGCUCGGCUUGCUAUUGUCCUUAAGCAUUUCCUAAUUAUUUAAGUUCUUAGGAAAGCUUGAAAAUCAUAUUGUUAUUUAUUUUCAAACCACAAAUGAACAUUUGCAGUCUUUCAUAAACAUUUGCAGUCAUUCAAACCUUUUUAGAAAUAGUGAAUCAUUGCUGCUUUUACAUUUUAAAUCCUCUCAUAGAAAAGACAAAGAAAUCUCGUCAGCAGUUCUGCAAGAUGCUAAUUGAUGCUGCCGUCUGUCCCACUGUGCUGCAUAUUCAACUGCAACUGUAAAUACUAAACAGACAACAACAAGAAAUGUUUCACAAAAACCUAAAUCAGAAAUGAGAUUCAUUCAAGAAAUGCAUGGCAAUAUUUUUUACAUGAAUUUGUGUCAGCCGAUGGAAAGAGAAGAGGAAAAAGGGAUUGUUUUAUUGCACGAGAAAAGCUGAUUACCAAGUUGCUUAUAAAAUGCAAUUAAUGUCUCCAGUAUCUGUGUAUUAGCUUUCAUACAAUGACACAUGCAGUAGUUGGCUGUUACUAACUCUGUAUUAAAGAGUCUAGCUACUUGACUUCUAGUUUAUUUAUAGGCUGGAAAUCCCUUCAGUCACAGAAGGUCAAUAAUAACAGCAUUUUAUUGUUUUACUGAGUAAAUGUCUGAAAAUGUGUCCUGCAAGCACUCGGUUUUUUUCUCUGGCUUUAUAAUUUUCAAUUUUUUUAUUACCGGAUCAAGCCAUGUGUGCUUAGAUUUUGAAGUUCCAUUUCGCGGUUCAACGCUCGCUGCUCGUCUUGCCUUAAUGUUUUUAUCUGCUCUUUGAUUUAAAUAAAGGAUUAUGAACUCCAAAUGUU